CCGCUAGGCGGUCUGGGCUGAUCUAGGUGGCCGCUAGGCGGUCUGGGCGGAUCUAGGCGGCCUGCGCAGGUCUAGGCUGUUCUGCGUUGGUGUUGAGGUAUGCUGCUCUCAUAAACCAGAAGUGCCAUGUGAAGAACAAGGAUAUUAGGAAGUUUCUUGAUGGGAUUUUUAAGGACUCAAUCCAAUUGUCUUCGUCGUUUACCACGGCAUGUUAUGGCCAUGGUUUUGGUAGGACCAUUUGCUUAUGUACUUGAAAGGAAACAAAGGCCUUCACUCUCAUUUUCUGUAGCUGCCAAAAUUUUUGUGCUUGCCUUGUUUGGAACCACCAUCCAUCUGAAUGUGUACUAUGCUGGUUUAGCAUACACUUCUCCAACAGUUGCAUGUGCCUUGAGUAAUGUUAUUCCCAGCUUGACAUUUCUAAUGGCAGUUCUACUUGGGUUGGAGAAGUUGAAGAUUAGAACUGCUAGAGGUCAAGCUAAGGUGGCUGGCACACUUUUCGGCAUUGGUGGUUCUCUUGUUUUCACUUUCUGGAAAGGAGGAUACCUAUUUAAAGGUUUUGUAAAGAGGCCACUGAUAAAUAUAUCUGUUGGUUAAGGAAAACUGGAUCAAGGGGGCCCGCGCCUAAAGAUCAACAAAAAAGGGAAAGAAAUAAAUAUGUGAAUCAGGUUACAUGUUUUUCUCCCUUUAUAAUCAACAGUUGCUCAGAUUCUACAAGAAAGAUGGGAGUAUAUGUCCAUCACAAUCCGCCUGCGCCUAAAGAUCAACAAAAACACGAAUCAUAUUACUCUCUGAAUCUGAAUAUUUGCCUCAAAUACUAGGAAUCAGGUUGUUUGGGGUUUUGAAUAUCAGAAAAUCAAAUAAAGUCAAUGGAUGAAGUCUUGCAGUCCUAAAUCUAAUCAAUAAACCAUUUUCCUUUUUA